CAUGUCCCAAACUGAAGAGGGCGGGGGAAUAACCCACUCCACUGUCUGUCUCAAACUCCAGCGGGACAGAAAGCCUGAAAUCCACUUUCACAGACUCAGUGCAGUCUGCUCAUUUUCUGCCAGAGGACACAUCUCACUGCUUUCACUCCCAUUAGUCCAAACAAUGUGAGGAACAUGGCUGACAGAAGGUCUGACUGGGUGGAGAUCGUGGAGCCGCGCUCGAGGGAGCGCAUGUACGUCAACCUGCUGACUGGCGAGUGCGGGUGGGAACCGCCGCACGGCGUCCCUGUCCGUGAGUCGGACGGCAACCAGUGGUGGGAGCUUUUCGACGGCAAUAACAACCGGUUCUACUAUUACAACUGUACGAGCCAGCAGACGGUCUGGCACAGGCCUCAAGACUGCGACAUAGUGCCUCUAGCGCAACUCCAAGCAAUGAAGAGGAACUCUGAGGCUGAGAUCAGGGGUCAAGGGAGGAUCCCUAGAGGACCGGCGGAUGGCAAGCGGACUCCCCUGCCUGGGCUGCUUUCAUCUACACAGUCCUCCUCACUGGAGCAGGAGAGUGGGAGGGAGACACCACCGUCCAAGGGCAAAGGGGACAGUUUGGAGGGAAGGAACCAGGGAAAUAGGGACUUCGCUCAAAGAUGGCAGCCUGCUCCUGGAUCCAAGGCUGCCAUGUUGGUGAAAGUUAACAGCAUUGGAAGAAACCAGUCUCUGGGACCAGCUACUGCCCACCACCUUCUCCACCACACUCCCACCAACAUAAGCACUUCACCCAAACCAGGUUACACAGCGCAGCUUGACAGAAUUGCUCUGCUCAACAAAAUGGCCUUACCUGGAGACUCCAAGCAGGGUUACCACCUCAAAAAGGGGGAUGCCAACUUCUGUCUGGUUUUGCCCACUUCUAGCUCUUCCUCUUGCUCGGCCCACCAGCGCUCUGGUUCAGGUACAUCCCGCCCCUCGUCCCCUCAAUAUGGAGCUACACCCUCAGCACCCAUCUACGAUGAACCUCCACCCAUAGAUCCCCCUAUUUACGAUGAACCCCCAGUGGAAAUGGAAGUAGAAGGGGCUCACCACUUACACAGAGGUCCCAACUCCACCAGUCACAGCCUUCCGAAAGGAACCCAGCCUCCUAAACUCCUCCAGUUCCCCCAUUCCAAACAGAUCUCCAGCUCCUCAGCUAGUGAGUACAGUCCGGCCGGCCGGGAGUGCAUCAAACACAUGGUGAAUGUGGAUGCAGCUGCAUCCAAGAACCAGCCCCAGAUGUCUAAUCCCAUUGAGGGUCCUUCAAAUCCAGCCGUCCCUCAAAUCCAGCCCCAGUCUCCAGUCUCUGCCCAGAUUAAGAAAGAAAUCUCUCUGGAGAAGAAGCAAUCGUGGAGACUGUUGGAGCCUCGCCAUAGCCGUCAAAGCAGCCUGGCCUCUCAGGAGUACCCAGGCCCUGCUGCCGUCACGUACCAGGAUUCUGGCUACUCCACUGGGCCAUCCCCAAGUCUGCGAAGGAAAAACCGUCGGCGUGCAGCUCUGGGUACUGGGUCUGGUCGGCCCGGGUCAGUGGGCAGCAGUGGCGAGUUAAACGCAUUGAAUGAGAAGCUGAUGGCAGAAAUGAGGGCGGUGGUGAACCGUUCCAACACACUUCAUGGUAGCAAGGCCAGUCUGGACACUGAGAUGGGAUCAGAGGCUUCUGGAAGUACUGCCCGCUCCCCAGUCAGUUCACUGAAGAUGGGCGCAAGAGGGUGUGGAUCAAGGGAGGAUGUGACAUCAAGUAACCGAUCACUGUGUAGGGGUGGGGGCAACAACCCUGGUGACGUGCUGCUGUCGCCACUGGUGACAGAUGGGCUUGGAAGCCGGCAAAAGAGGACGUAUGAGAAAGUGGAUUCUCUGGAGAAGAGCGUAACAUCACAGACCAGCUUGUCAUCUCCAGAACCGCAGAGGUCACCCUCACAGACAGGAACACUGGAAUCCAAAACUCAGCAGGACGUCUCGCCCCAGGAUGACCAUGACAGCGAGGGUCGUGGAACCGCUCACCUUACCUAUAAAAACAACAACAACAGUCCCCCUCCUCCCCACGCCAGCACGGGUUCGGGUUACCAGUACCCGUACACCACCCUCUGCAAACCUAUGCCCGACGCCAACAUGGAGGACUGGGCCAGCAAGAACCUUAACCAGCACACGCAAGGCCUGUUUCGCCGGCGUGUCUCCAUCGCUAAUAUGCUGUCGUGGAACCGCGGCUCCAUUAAGAAACCUAUGCUGAUCACCAGCGACCGGGCUGUCAAGAAGGAAGCCUGCGAGAUGUUCAAGCUGGUCCAGGCAUACAUGGGCGACAGGCCAGCCAGAUUGGACAAACGCCACGUGGCUCUUCAGGUGGUCACAAAGUGCUGGGGGAUGCAAGGCUUGAGGGACGAAUUGUACGUGCAGCUGGUGCGGCAGACCACAGAUAACUUGAGUUUGAGGAGCUUGGAGGCAGGCUGGGAGUUGAUGGCCAUCAGCUUAUCAUUCUUCUCACCAUCGCCCAAAUUUAGACGCUAUUUGGAAGGCUACAUCCAACGACACCUUGAACCCAGUAAUGAUAAGAAAAUACUUCAGCACAUCAUGGAGCAGCAGGACAUAAAAAACAAGAAGAAUUCAAAGUCCAGAAAAAAAAGGAGACAGAACAAUGAGGAAGAAGAGGAUGAGGGCCUUCCCAUCAGCACUUACGCCAAGUACUGCUACCGUAAGCUGCAAAAAGUGGCCAUUACUGGGGGCAAGAAGGGUCUGAGGAAGCCCACUCUGGAGGAGAUCGAUCAUGGCCGGAAUGCCAUCGUGACACCAUCUCUUUUCGGGAGCGCUCUGGAGGAGAUCAUGGAGAGGCAGAGUGAGCUCUUCCCCAACAGGAAACUGCCCUGGGUGCAGGUGCAACUCUCUCAGUAUGUGCUGGCCCUGGGUGGAGCCCAGACGGAGGGCAUCUUCAGAGUUCCAGGGGAUAUUGAUGAGGUGAACGCUCUCAAGCUGCAGGUGGAGCAGUGGAGAAUUCCUGAAAGCCUCUCUGAUCCCAAUGUCCCAGCGUCUCUGUUGAAGUUGUGGUACAGGGAGCUGGAGGAGCCGGUGAUUCCUCAGAGCUUCUAUACGCAGUGCAUCAGUCACUAUGAAGAUCCUGAUGCAGCCAUCAGUGUGGUUCAGUCCCUCCCAGAGCUCAACAGACUCGUGCUCUGCUACUUCAUCAACUUCUUACAGGUCUUUGCUCAGCCGGUGAACGUGAGUAGGACUAAGAUGGAUGUGAAUAAUUUGGCGAUGGUCAUGGCUCCAAACUGCCUGCGCUGUCAGUCUGACGAUCCCCGAAUCAUCUUUGAAAACACGCGGAAAGAGAUGUCCUUCCUCCGCAUACUCAUAGUCCAUUUGGACACCAGCUUCAUCAAGGGCUUAAUCUGACAGUCACGUUUUAUUCAUUAUUUUGUGGCAUAGCUCAGAAUUGAGUCAUUUGAGUGAAUCAUCCAGGAGAUGAUUGGUAUCAGGACAUUCUUCUGCUCAGAGAUCUUUCUCAUCGUCAAACAUCACAAUAUUAUUUCGGACAAUGCCUAAAAUUCCAGCUUUGGCUCAAUGUGAAUCAUCCUGAACUUGACUCUUAUGACUCUUCUGGAAGCCAGACUCUAUUUGAACUGAAUCAGUUGACUGAAUUUGAUUCCACAUCACAAAGAUCACACACAGGGUUGUUGUCACACAUUGAAACAAAACCAAUGCAUGACCUUUGUCUUCUCUUGGUCUUUUAUAUUGAUUAGCAGGGAAAUGCAUCCUUUGGACAAUCUUAAUCGUAAUAACACACAUGCAAUAUGAUCUGCAGUGUAUUUUCUUAAUUUAAUAUGGUAUGAGUGUUCUGAUUAUUUAAUAUCAAAGGUUUGUAAGCUCAAGUAUGAGUGCAGGGAGAAUUACUGGCUUCAGAAAGAAGAGUUGAAUAUCGCAGAGCUGUGGACCACAAGGACAGCUCUGAAAUACUUUGCAAAGCUUGAGGUCUGGUGCCUUAAAUGGAGAGUGUUCGCUGACGUAUAAGAUGCAUAAGUGCCCAUGUACAUAAACACACUCUCCAUGCUUCAAAUGAACGGGUUACUCGAGCAAUUUUCAAUCUGUCCCUCUGUAGUUUUCCCAGUUGUCCCAUAUGGAAAUAGAAAAUUAAGUUUCCAGAUGUGUGUUUUCUACAUCAGUGAUGAUUAAGCACAACGAAACAGUAGCAAACUGAACCAGGAACCAGAUCGGAAGAUCUGCUACAGGUCUCACAACUCUCACAGAAAUAGCUGCUGCUCAUUGGCCCGCUGAAAGUCGACUAGGUUUCAGUUGUCCCAGCAGCUCCAACAUCAACAGAUGGACAAGAAUUUUGUGUUCAGAUUUGCCCAGGUUGAAUAAAUGGUUUUAGAAGAGAGUUAGACCAGAAACAUACUCUACACAAGCAUGGUCAACACGUGUGCAGUCGCGUCGUUCAUGCAGUAUACUUAAAUCCAAAGUGCAAUUUCUGUGCCACUAACAUCACCAAAUGCAAUUACAAAUAUACUAAUGACUGUUUUUAUCAGUUACUUUUUCCCUAAACACUUCUGCUAUUGGUCAGCCAAACAGAUAGCCCCGCCCCAAACUCACGCCAUUGGUUGAGCUGUUGCCAUGUCAGGCUAGUAGUCUAAACACCCAAACAAAAUGUUUACACUUCAAUUGUCACUGAAUUAAGCUGGGAACAUAGACUGUAAAAAAAGAUGGACGACACACCUUCACUUUCUUCCAUUGUAGUAAAUGAAGCCGCCAGUGUGCCAAUAUUGUGCUGACAUCUUGAGUCUCGAGUCUGUGCAUAGUGAACUUGUAGCCCGAGUCUAAACAGUAGUGAGCGCGAAGUGGAGCUGCGAUAUCGGUUAAUACUGCAGAACUGUGAAAUAAACAGUUCUGGAAAUGUGAAGCUUUAAGAAAACUUUAAUUUUUAAUCUCAAAAAAAAAAAAGGUCUGUUGGUGCUUCAGUGACUACUCAGAGAAGCUGUCAAUCUCAGCUGUCAAUCAUGAUGUCAAAACCCACGUUUUUAUAGUAUCAAAAAACUAAAAACAAACUUACUUAAAGAACAAAUAUUUUAACUAACAUCAGCGUGAUAAAACCGCCUAAAAUGACAGAAACCAUUUUUAGAAAAACAAAAUUUGACUGUUUAGUUUGUCUCACGUCCCAUUACGUUACAUGGAGAGGGCGGGGUUUAUGACCUAUACUGCAUCCAGCCACCUGGGGUCGCUUUGGCUUCACUUUUCAGGACUCGUGUGGCACGCUUGAUUGGGGCAUUGGAAAGUACUUAAACCUCAAAAAGAUUACAAGGAUUCUUAUGUUACUGUGGCCGUAGUACAUUUCAUCACUCAAAAAGGCGAUAGAGGCUAUUUCCGAAAUCGCCCACUAUAGACCUCAGUCAGGGCAGUGCUAUAUUUAAUUUUUUGACAGGAAUGAAAAAACAAUUGUGAAGGACAGAAGUAUGGUGUGUUCAGUGGAUAAACUUUCAGUAGACAAAAACUCAGUUGUGAGUUUUACAUGAUAUAGUACCUUUAUACAGUACGCACUAUUGUAGAGACUGUAAGUCUAUCUCACAGCCUCGUUUUCAUCUGUGUAAAAUUCAAUGUCUGUCCUAGUUUCAGCCUCAGACGUCACGGACCGUUGGCUGAACAUCUGAUAUAUAUGGCACACUUAACUGGAAACUCUUCAGGAUUUUCAAAUUCAUCUGUUCGGUUGAAUUCUACAGCAUGUCCUGUGUUGUGUUCUUAACGGUCCGCAUGGAAACAAAGAUGCCAUGAUGCCAAACCCCCUUAUGGAAGAAAAACGCUGUCGUGUUUACAACUGUGACAAUGAAUGCUUAUCAGGAUCAACUAAACGCUGUAUUUUCAAAAGUAUGUGAAGUAUGUAACAUUUGCAGCAUAGACUCUUUAAAAUACGUCCAAGAGUUUUACACACCGGUCUGGUAUUGUAGAGACAUCGACAUUACGUUUUCACGCCCCUAAACAUGAUGCGGAACAAAACUAACUGUAAUUGGUUGCUUUACAUGUCAGUCAGACGGCCUCUGGGCGGUCCUUGGCAAUUGUAAGCUGCGAUGGAGUCCAGAGCUUCUGCCGUCAGUAUCGAGGUCUGGCUAUGCGAAACUACAUCUGCCCUCACUAAGGUCUCUACUCUCAUUCACUAUUCCUUACAUUAGUCCAAUAAUAUAGUUCACUUGGAGGAGUGAAUGAAAAAAAUGAAAUGAUGCAGAUUCCAUUUUCUGGCGCAACACUCAUGUCUAUAGUUUUGGACACCACUACAAAUGGCUGUCCCCUCAAAUAGCACAAUGAGUAAGGAUAAAAGGGGGUGAUUUCGGACACAGACAGAUGUUCAUAUGUGUGUGCCAUUAAACUGACGUACUCAGAAUCUCUUCAAACUUGCUGCCAUGACAGUUGUUUACCUGACAGAGAAUACUGACCAUAGAACAAGAGCUUAUGCAAAUUUUGGCUAUAGUGCCCCUUGUGGCAAAGCUGAGAAUGCAACGAGUAUUUGCGUGAAAUAUAAAUCGAGCUUGCUUAGCUAGUAGUUUAGAAGAGUAUGUUUCAGGCCUUGGCGUCAUCACUGGUAACAUCUGAACACAUGGAAAUUGAAGUCCCAAUCACUUUUGUUAUUGAUAUAAUGUGUUCUGCCUGUGCUUUUGUAUAUAGACCCCUCAUCUGAUGAAUAGUUUUAUAAAGCUGAAUAGUGAAAGUAAGUGAGCCCCAGCUCUGUUGCACUUCCCCCUCAGUUCAUUUCCUCCACCUGUGGGUCUGUGAGCUCACUGAAACUCAUCCUGCACUCUACUUCUCCUUAAGGAUUUUUUGUCUUAUUUUGUUCUAUCUGUGUGAGGAUGUGUGUAGGAGACAGCAGUGAAUUAUGACAUGGAUGAUGUGUGUUUAAAUUUGCAUAGUUUCAUAAAGAACUCGGAAAUAAAAUUUGUAAAUUUGUAUAAUUGUACAAAAA